AUGGCCGCUUUGAUUACACCUGCGGCUUUGGAGGCCCUAACAACGGUCGCACAAGUUCGGGACUGGACAGGUCUUCCUGUCGCGUCCUGGACCGCGGUCGAUUCGGUCCUGGGUGGAGCAAACCAUCUGAGGAUUUUGGCGUUUCUGCCUUCCACUACUUGGCAGCAAGUUGUUCAAGCUGCACGGGUGCCUGUUCCGGCCCAAGGGGAGCCUGGAGAUGACGGCCACGUGCCCGCCACGGAGCGGGAAUUGACAGCCGUUGAACGCACCCAGGUGGGGCUGAUGGCGCAGCUAUCACAGAUGAAACUGGGACGAAACCCAGUAGAUCCCUUCUCGGAGCCGCUGCUACAUGCGGCAGGUGGCGGAGCACCCGCACCAGCCGGUGCCACGGGAGGAGCAAAUGCCGGGCACCCUGUUCGGAAGGUAAAGAACAAUCAGGUCCUGGACCAAGCGGACGAGGGCGAAGUGCCGGAGCUGACUCAGGUCACGAUCGACGAGCACUUCAAAAUUUUGCAGCGAGUCAAAGGAGGCCCGGUUCGCCCAGAAGCAGAGCCUUCUCCGGACCAAAUCUCCGCUAUGCGGGUUAGAGUCCUGGAACUAGGGUUGGCACCCUACGCCGACUUCGGCAUUUUUGUCAAUUAUCAAGGGCGCUUCUCCAGAACUCUCAAGUUCCUCAACCACGUGCUCCAGCCGGACGGUACCUUUCGGGCCGUGGAGGUGGCUGGACCGCCAAACUAUGACUCAUGGCUGUCGUCAUGGCGGGUGUACGAGAACACGCUGCUGAUGUUGGAGCACACGGUGGCACCCGGCACUACCGAAGCGGUCGUCACGGUCGCCGCUUUGGAAGAAUAUAAAGACGCCUUCCGGGAUCUGACCGUGCACUACCCGGAAUCCUGGCAUCUGCUGGUCACGGCAGAAGACCGCUGCCGCGCGGAACAUUUCGUCCGACUGAAAAGGGACCUAGACGAAAAGCACAGAAAGGGGCUGGCGCCAGACUACGAACCCAGCCAGCCAUGGAAUGGAGUCUUCCGCGUGGCAGCCCGGGACCGGGAGUAUUGGGAUCGCCAUGUGCGCGAGCCGGCCCUGCUCUUUCGCACGGCCGGAAAGCAUAAGGAGCAGCCGGGCGGAACCGGGUCCCUCACUGACUUGACCCAGGAAAAGCCCAAGCCGCGGGGCACAAGAAAGUCCCAAAAGGAGAGGCUCAAGGCCCAAUUGGCCAAGGACAGGGGCAACCGUCCACGGGAGGUACCGGAGACCCGACCGGCAAAGCGAAGGGCCGAGGGGCCAAGAGAGACAACAGAGGCCGGUACCUCACCGACAAGCAGGGCAAACCCAUCUGUUUCGGGUUUAACAACGGGGAAUGCAAAGGAAAUUGCCCUAAGCAAAUGGCACACGCAUGCCAGAUCUGUAUGGGGCCACACCCGGCCAAGGGAUGUGGCAAGGGGGCCACCCCCUGACCAGCCGGCCAACCCCGGGCUGAGAAGCCCGGUGCCCGGCCCGGUGCACAGCCUCACCCGGGACCGGAAAAAGAAGGGGGCAGCACAGGAGGACGGGACGGACCAUGACGAGGCGUAUCCGGGAGGCAUGCGCAAUCCCAGGAGAGCCGUCCGGGAGGCCCCUAGAUGGCAAGCUUGGGGAGCCAAAGCAUCAGCGGCGCUGGAUGAAGUGCUGGCCAACUCUCCCGAGGCAAUCGCCUUGGCAGAGGGCAUCGGUGCUGAAAUGACGCCGGAAGAGGCUUUGGAGGCCCAGGAAACAUUGCAGGCGCUGGGCAAGCGAGCCGCGCGUGCCCUAGCGGAAGCCACAGGAAAAGGAAAUGCAUGGGAGCCCACCGGCCCCACUGGAUGGAGAUGGGCGCUGGUCCAGGCCAUCACAGAAGGAGCAGGGGACAUGGACCACGACGUCGCGCGCUGGCUACAAGGGCGCACACCGCUAGGGAUCUCGGAACCCAUCGAGCCGCGCGGUAUCUUUCCGCCGGCUCAGCCUACGAAGGCGCAGCUGGAAAGUGCGGAGUACCUUGCUACGCGCGGGGAUGAGGUCACAGUCGAGAGAAACUACAAGUCCUUCCAUUUCCACGAGAAGGAGUCGUGUGUGGAGCUGGAUCGGCUGGUAAAGGAGGGACACCUGGAGAUCGUGGGCACCUGGGAGCAGGUGACGGCCAGGUGGCCCAAAGCCAGAGCCACCAAGCUGGCGACCCUGGUCAAGGAAAAGGGAGAUGGGAGCGUCAAGACCCGAUUCGUCGCAGAUAUGCGGCGGUCCGGAAUCAAUGGCCUCGCGUCAGCGAGCGAGCGAAUCGUACUCCCAAGAGCCUGUGACGUCGUGCGGGACGCACUCGACCUCCUGGAAGGCAACGCCGGCCUGGAAUUCUUCUCAGCCGAUUUUUCGGAUGCAUUCUUGAAUCUGGCCAUCGCCGAGAAAGAAAGGGGUUAUGCCGUUGUCCGAACAGCCAGUGGCGACUAUGCGGCAUAUAAGGGCGUGCCGUUUGGGCUCGCCACAGCACCCCUAGUGUGGGGGCGAACCGCAGCCUGGAUCGGACGGGCAACCCAAGCCCUUUCACAAGAGUGGCGAUCCCGCACACACAUCUAUGUAGAUGACCCCAUAUGCAUCGUGCGUGGGGACCGGGCAUCCCGAACCUUCGUCAUCGCUAAGGUUCUGGCAUUCUGGGCCGCCCUUGGAGCCCGGAUAGCCCUCCACAAGGCGGCACGCGGGCAAGCAGUUAAAUGGAUCGGGGCGGUUUUCACCGUAAUCCCCGGGGGCGUGCAGGUCGCCGUCGAUUCGGAGCGCAUUGCCCGGCUGCAGGACACGGUGCGUCAAGGCCUGGAGACAGCCGGCCUAGUCCAGGGCAUGCGCAGUUUGGCCGGGGAGCUGAGCUGGAUAGCCGGCAUAGUUCCGACCAUCAGACCGUUUGCCAACAUGAUUUGGGCGGCUACCUACGCUAUGGAAAGGCAGGACUGUAGGGCCAAGAAGGGCCUCUCCAGGGCACGCAUUCGGCCCAGGGACGCAGUCUUUGCCAAAAUGGUACGACUACCGUUGAAAUGGCUGCAACGAUUUCUGCAGGGAGAGCACGGAGGAUUGCGGCGAGUGCGCUUGAUCUGGGACAGGUUUGCCUUCCCACAGUGGUAUGUGCGCACAGAUGCUUCCACAUCCGGGCUGGGCGGCAUCCUCUUGGAUGCUAAGGGUAACCCAGUCCGGUGGUGGGCAUCAGAGAUCCCUGCCCAAGCCCUCGCUCACCUCGCAAUCACAGCCGGGGAGCCGGGUCUGAUGACGACCUACGAGCUCCUCGCCCUUCUUUUCUCAAUUAUUAUCUGGGCCCCCUUCCUACGCAAGUGUAGGUUGGGAAUGAUGGCUCAGUUAGAUUCGGAGUCUGCGCUGUUCGUAGCAGCAAAGCUGGCCUCACCGCACUCGAAGGCAAACCUGGUGGCCGCCGAGCUUGCACUGCGCACCGAGCAGCUAGGAAUCGAAUCCAUUCUAGGUCAGCAUUGGGCCAAUACCAUCAACAUUGAGGCCGACGCACUGUCCCGUCUGGCGGAAGGGAAGCAGAUACCAAAGCGGUUGCUGCCCCUUCCCCGCGAUUUUGUGCCAGAGGGGCCGCUCUUUCUCCUCUCCGAAGUCUUCAGUGACCCUCGGCUGGCACUUUGGCAAUGGCCGCGGGGGGUCGUUGGGUCACUUUAA